AUGGCGUCAACUGAGCUGUCUGCCCUCGAGCUGGCCCACGAGGCGGUGCUUUUCCUGAAUAGCCGACUUCCCGAGGGUCUGCAAAACCCAAAGGUUGCAGUCGUCUGUGGCUCUGGAUUGAGUGGCCUGGCGGACACAGUCCAAGCAGGCCCUCGCAUGGAAUUCGACUACGCCUCCAUUCCUCAUUUCCCUCGUCCAACCGUUGCGGGACAUGCGGGCAAGCUGGUGUUUGGGCUCCUAGGCCAGAAGAUUCCCGCGGUAUUCAUGGUUGGCCGUGCCCACUACUACGAAGGAAAUUCGAUGGAUCAAGUGACAUUUCCCAUUCGCGUGUUCAAGCUCCUAGGAGUGGACACGGUCGUGCUGACCAACGCGGCUGGAGGACUCAAUCAAGAUUUUAACCAUAUCUUCCUGGCAGGCCUCGCUGGAAUGCAUCCUCUAAGAGGACCCAAUAUCGACGAUUUCGGGGUCCGCUUUCCACCUUUAUCGGAUGCAUAUGACCUCGAUUUGCGUCGACAUGUCCACCAGGCGUGGAAAGAAAUCACCCCUUCGCAACCUACUCGAAAAUUACACGAGGGAGUAUAUGCUUUUGUCGGAGGCCCAACUUAUGAAACAAGGGCCGAGAGCCGCAUGCUUCGAAUGCUGGGUGCUGAUGUGGUAGGCAUGUCCACCGUGCCCGAAAUUGUGGUGGCAAGGCAUUGCGGCAUUCGUGUGCUCGCAUUCACCCUGGUCACAAAUUGCGCAGUCUUAGCUCCUGUUCCUCGGGGAGAUGAGCAAUUGCUCCAAGGAAAAGACGCCAGUGAGCUCAAUGCAAUGCUGGGCGAGGGCAAGGCAACACAUGAGGAGGUCCUGGAAGCUGGCCGCACAGCGGCUUUGGACAUGCAGGUUAGGAGUCCUCUUGCAUACUCUGACCAGAAGAUCCGCAGCUAA